AUGCAGCCGAGCGGGUGUUGGGAGCCACAGGCUCAGGCUGCCCGGCCCGCCAGGCCCCCGUAACAAGAGCCCAGUGCGGGGGACACGGGUUCCGGUCCAGACCCCGGUACCGCUCCCAGCAGUGCUGGUGUCUGUGCUGGGCCCAGUGCUGCAGCCUUACGGGGAAGUCACUUAGAACGAAUCUUUAUCGCGCCUACACUAAAUACCCACGGAAGUUGACCUGCGUUAGUAAUUACUGUGAUGGCUCAUGUCUGCAUUGCCCCACCUGUCAGCGCAGCAUCUUCCUCUGGCGUCAGGGGGGGCUGAGACCAGGCCCUCCCUAGGCAUAUGCAGCUGGGGCACCAAACUGCCACAAAUGUCCUGGUGCCCUAGGCAGCUGCAUACGCCGCAGCACCAGCUCUGGCGGCCAGUCCUUAGCGGGUGUGUGGGGCCCGGGACAACUCCCUCUGCCCCGCCUUAAUCUCCCCCCUUGCUCUGCCCCAUUCCACCUCUUGCCCCAGAGACCCCGCACUCACCAGCAGCGGCGGAAAGCGGAGCAACCCGGCCCCAGUCUGCUUCGCUUCGCUUCCCACUGCUGGCGAGGGCAGGGGGCGGGGUCCUUUCCCCUCCCUCAAGCGACGCGCCCGCGGGCGGGGGAGGCAGAGCGGGCUGAGGCUGGGUCACGUCCCUUCGCUUCCUGCCGCCGGUGGGGGGCGGACCCCUUCGCCGAGUAACACAUCUGGGGUAGGGGGAGCAGAGCGGGCUGGGGCCGAGCCGUUCCGCUUCCUGCUGCCCCCUGCUAAUCCCCCAGGCCGCUCUGGGGCCCCCCAAAGUGGCCCCCCACAGCUCCUGCCUUCCUGUCCCUGCAGACCUUGAGCGCAGCCCAGGCCCUCUGCGGUGCGGGGGGAGCAGGUGCUCGGACUGCGCAGGGCACCAACAUUGGUAGGGACGGUCCUGGGCUGAGAGCUUGGCCUCUCAGCUCCAGGUGCAGGUCCCUAGUGGGCCCCCUCCCAGCAAGAGUCUCUCCACCGCCCAGGGGUGACAGCCUGAGCUGUGGGGCUUUCUUGUCAAUUUUUGGGCUCAAGCACCCAGCUGUGAAAUUGAAAAGAAUGACAGCUAAUGCAGUCCUUGACUUUACGACAUUUGAGUUACGACGAGUGUGCCACUUCUACACUGGCACCCUGAUUCGACUAUAGGUUUUGAGUUUACAAUGCUUGGUCCCACAGUGAAGUAGAUUGCAGUUCCCAGUUCUGACUUUCUGACUUAUGACACAAUUGUAAGGAACCAAUUGUGUCGUGAGUACAAGGACUACCUGUACUGUUAUUUUGACCUUAUUUUUCAGAAGUGGUUGGAUAUGGCUGGCUGAGCGACUGCUAAGAGACAGCGAGGGCCAGACAUGACCUCAGCUCUCAAGGCCCUGCCCAACAUCCAUAGAGCCUGCGUGAUCUCAGCCUGUUGGGGCCAAGCAUCUCACCCGCGCAGUAUGUCCCUCUGGGAGCACGGGCUGCACCUCUUCCGCAGCGCCGUGGGUGUCGUCCUGCCGGCCCCCAUGCUGAGAAGGGCCCUGGUGCUCAAAACAGACGGCUGCCCCAGGCUGGUCGUGAAGGACCGGGCUUUCCCUGUGAGGAGGAACGUGUAUCUGGUGGGCUUCGGGAAGGCUGUGCUAGGAAUGGCGGCUGUGGCAGAGGAGAUCCUCGGGGACCACCUAAUUCAGGGGGUUGUCAGCGUCCCCCAUGGCAUCCGGGCAUGCCUGCAGCAGGCGGGAAUGGAGGAGAUGUUUCUGAAGCCUCACAGCAGGAUCCAGGUCAUAGAAGGAGCUAAGCACAACCUCCCUGACAGAGAGGCUCUGAGGGCAGCCAGCAUGAUUCGGGAGCUAGCUGAAGGACUGACAGCUGACGACCUCCUCCUUGUGCUAAUCUCAGGAGGUGGAUCGGCCCUACUACCUGCUCCUACUCCUCCAAUCCUCUUGGAAGAGAAAGAGAAAGUCACCAAGCUUCUGGCUUCCAGAGGAGCUACCAUACAGGAGCUCAACACUAUCCGGAAAGCUCUUUCUUUGUUGAAAGGUGGAGGGUUGGCUCGGGCUGCAUAUCCUGCACAGGUGCUAAGCCUCAUCCUCUCUGAUGUCAUUGGCAACCCAGUGGACAUUAUUGCAAGUGGCCCCACUGUCUACAGUUCCCCCAGUGUUCAAGGCUGCCUUCAGAUAAUGACAAAAUACAACUUGAUGAGCACCUUGCCCAGAUCUGUGGAAACAGUGCUGUCCAGCUCCGUCUCAGAUCCCAGUGGUCCGAAAGACUAUUCCCACGUCUACAAUGUUGUCAUUGGCUCAAACAGUUUAGCUUUAGAGGAGGCCAAACACCAAGCAGAGGAUUUGGGCUACUGGACCCUGAUUUUGAGUGCGGGGGUGUGUGGGGAGGUCAGCAGAGUGGCCAAACUCUACAGCCAGCUGAUUCAGUUUGUUUGCUUGAGCACAGCUGGACUUGGAGAAGGUCCUCUAAAAGACCAGGUGAGAGGAGAUCUUCUAAAGCUGGCAGCAGUGCUAGAGAUCCCAGGUUUGAACCUUGUGGACUCUUUGAAGGCUUUGCAAGGAUUGGAGUCUGAAAGAUCGGUUUGCCUGCUGGCUGGUGGAGAGACCACGGUCCAGCUUCAAGGAAAUGGGAAGGGUGGGAGGAACCAGGAGUUGGCCUUACAGGUGGCAUUGGAGUUACACCAAGCUAAGGCCACUGGGGCUGGCUACGUCCUUGGGAAAUGUGAAGUCCUGUUCCUCAGUGGUGGGACUGAUGGACAAGAUGGGCCAACAGAGGCAGCUGGUGCCUUCUCUAGCCAGGAACUGGUGGAUAAGGCUGCUCAGGAAGGUCUCGAUGUGGAGAUGUUUCUGAGCAACAAUGACUCCUACACAUUCUUCAGUAAGUUCCGAAAUGGACAUCACCUUUUGCUGACUGGUUUAACAGGGACCAAUGUCAUGGACAUCCAGGCUAUUUUAAUUAGGGCUAGAGACAGAUAAGGAGAGCACCUCUACAAACUCCUCAGUUGUUUUUAAUUAGAGGCAUUGGUGAAAAAUGAGGGUACCAAUGUUCUGGACAAAUCCAGACUGCUUAAAUUUUAGGCACAGCUGGCGAGGGCACUAAUUUCAUGGCUGUAAAAGCUACAUUAGUGAGGCACAUGGGUGGGUUACCAUGACCAUGUUCAAUCUGUUAAUUAAGAUCAGAGUAAGGUAAAAAACACCAGUAUUAUGAGCAUUGGGGCUGCAUUAAAACCUUCCAGCCGAAGAACCACUAACAUACUGCAUUUUGGCUGUGGUUAGAAAGAAUUCGGGAAUGCAGGGCUGAUGACUGGCAGGCAAAUAAGGCUGGGAUUUAUAAAGGCGUCUUAGGGAGUUUGAGUUCAAGUGGGAUUGUUGGACAUCUGACGCCCAGCCUAAAGCUCUAGGUUGCCGUUGUAACUCUUAUUCCAUACAAAGCUAACAAGGUAUAUUAGACUAGUCCAUAGGGCCCUAAAUCCAGUGCACUCCAAGUUCAGCGGAGAUGAGCACAUGGCGUCAGUUUAACCUUUGGUCUUGGAUACAUGGCAAAAACACACCCAGCUGUGGUAUUAACACCAUGUUAGGUGAAGAACGGUGUGAACCAUGAUUCAGAUGCACUGGUGCAGAAACCAUUUGAACGUGAGACCUUCUCCCCAACUAUGUAACCUUCUGUGCCCUGGUGUGGUGACAUUUCCGCCCCAUGGUUGAUAUUUCAUGGGCUAGCAUGCUGCACUGUGUGUGUGUAUGCUACAAGCAUUCAGAGUAUUACUGCCAAACCGGUCAGAAAGCAAUACAGCCUCCAGCCUGAGUCAUUGACCUUUUUACUGUGUAAAGUCACUAGUCGCUGUCGUUCUGAUUAACUCCUCUAACUCCAUAGAACAAAAGGCCACAAAAUCUGUAAAUUCAACUCUCCUGACCCCUAUUGCUGCACUGAUCAAAGGGCAAAGCAGCUGGGGCCAUUGCUCUGUCAAACAGCAGAUCCCUCUAGCCUCUGGGACAAUGUGGAGCACCAGCUACUUCAGCUUUGCCAUAAAUUAAAAUCAGAUCCUGCCUUGCUAUACUCAGCUCAGUUUCCAGCGUGACACCAGGGGCCAGGUUUUUCAAGAAGCACAGCAAUCAACGUCUUCAUCUCUUAUGAAGAUCUGGCCGCUUAUUGCGGUGCCUAAGUGGGAGCUGAGCUCGCUUGAAAUUCCAGCCCUGAUUUAAAACGUUUGAUUCAAAUGGUUUGCAGACGGAUGUAGCUGUGCCAUGUGGCUGAUCUAACUUUGCAACUUAAGUAUACCAUCUUAUUAAUACCAUAAACAGUGAAAUCAUUGCACAGUCAUGCUGAGCAAGAUUCAAAGAGGGACUGGACAUUUAUAAUGAUAACAAGAAUAUCCAAGAAUAGUUAAUGCUAAUAAUAUUUUUGGAGGGCAUAUAAAACAUUAUGCUUUUUGGUUUUAAAUCAAUCCCUAUGCAGUAGAGAUUAGGAUUGGAUCUACAUGUCUACUGAGUGAUUUCUUGCGCCUUCCUCUGAGGCAUCUGGGCUCUGGUAACUAUCGGAGACAAGAUCCUGGACUAUGUGGAUCUUGAGUCUGAUCUAGUCUGGCAGAUCCUGUGUUCUGAUGUGUGAUCUUGUGAUUAAGGCAUAGAUUUGGGAACUAGAUGAGCUAGAUCCUAUCCCAGCUCUGCUAACACUCCCAUUUAUAAGCUUAGACAAGUCACUGACAUUCUGAGGCUCAAUUUCUUCUAUAACAUGGGGGUGACCAUCUUUACCUACAUCCCAGGGUUUUGUGAGGCUAAAUUUGCUAGUGGUUGCAAAGUGCUUUGAAACUCACUGCUGGAAGGUGCUAGAGACCUAGGACAUAUAAUAAACUGGAGGCAUGAAUACAACGUCAGGGUGCAGACUGUGGAGGGAAGUGUGUGUGUGUGUGUGUGUGUGUUUUUUUUGAAGGUUUCUCUGGAGUGGAGAAUGCCAUUUGAAUUUCCCUGUGUGUGUGGCACCUACCAUAGUGGGAUUCUGAUCUGAUUGGGGUCCCUGUGCAUGACUGCUGUGAAAAUAGCAUGAAUAAAUGCAAAGGGAAAAUGAA